AUGAGCAAGCGCAACUUGCAGCUGUUGAAACGCGCGCCUCUCGACCUCCCGCCGCCCAAACCUGAUGUCAAAGAGGAUCAAGAUGAGCUGGUCAAUCAUUAUUUGAGUCAAAAUAUGCUCGAGCCUCAAGAAAAGACGCCGGAACCCGCGCCGGUGACAGAUGUGCAGGAACAACCUGAUAUGACUGAAGAUACACUUGAUGAUCCCACUGAAGAAGUGGAACAGAUAUUUAGAGGUAUAAAGAUAGAAGUGCAAGGCCUAGACGAGGAGGCUAUAAGCGAGAUAGGCGCGGAGGUGGCGGCGGCGGGCGGCGUGCUGGUGGCGGGCGGCGCGCGCGGCGACUACGUGCUGGCGCCGCUCGACUGGGACGCGGCGGACGCGGGGGGCGCGGGGGGCUGUGUCACCGUGUUCUGGAUUAAAGACUGUCUGUCACAAGGAGAGCUUCUGCCGGUGCAGUACUACCACCGGCCGGUGCGGGUGCCGCAGUGGGCGGCGCGCGGCCCGCUGGCGGGCGUGGUGGCCAGCCUCAGCACCUACAGCGGGGUGGAGAGGGCCUUCCUCGAUGAAUUGGCCAAGUUGCUUGGCGCUACUACACAACUCCGUUUCUGCCGUCGUAACACAGCAAAUGCUCAAGCCUCAACCCACCUCAUAUGUCCCACGCCUACCGGUGAUAAGUACUUGGGCGCGGUGAAGUGGGCGCUGCCGGCGGUCACGGCGCAGUGGCUGCUAGAUUGUGCUAAAGAAGCUCGUAGAGUGCACGAAGGACCGUAUUUAGUUGGUGAGACUAAAGCACCGCCGUUACCAGUGCAGCCAGAACCAGAAGAAAGUGAGGAAGUUGACAAGCAAAUACAUAUAACAGAUAAGGACAAGGAAAACGCAAUGCUGCCACCUACUACGAAUGCACCACGACGGGGUUCUUUACAGAAAGAACAAACACCUAUAAGGAAAGUUGUAAAUGACGGUGGCGAUACAGAUAACAUGUCGCCUGCUUCACGCUAUAUAGCGAUGGCACGUCAGGGACUUUUAGGGUGCGACUCUCAGGAAACUCCUAAACGGUUGCAAGAGUUAAAAGAAGACGAUCAACAAGGCGCGUGCACAGUGCGCACGCCGCCGCUGGAGGAGGCGCUGUCGUCGCCCAACCUGGCGGCGCUGAGCCCCACCACGCGGCGCCGCCUGCGCGCGCUGCGCCGCGGGGAGAUGCCCUCCGACCCCAUCCGGACACCCAUAGACCCAUUCGAUAAGAACACAGUGACGCCGGAUAGCGCGUUCGGCGCGGCGCUGCGGCCCGGCUCCGGCCUGUCGCCGGACGCGAGGAAGCGGCUGUGGCGUGUCGUCAGCGACCUGCCCACCAAGCAGCCUCAGAUAGCCAAAGACAAGCAUACUCCAUUAUCUGAAAUUCGGAAUCGAUUUUUGGCACAAUUCAACGGCGACGCACCAACCCCGCCGUCCGAGCAUCACGUUGUACCAAGGAAGCUGCAAUUACAGGACCAAGCUGAAACUCCACCACCUAAAAUGGCGAAGCUCUCCGAAGAUCAAAGCGCGGGCGGUCUAAACAUAACGGAGAACAACGCGACCCCAAAAGCCGCUUCAAGCGCUUCGACCCGCAGCAGCACGCUGCCCGCCGCCGUGGACCAGCAACUGCUGCGGCUGAACGCAGCGCUGUCCAGCCGCUUGAGCUCACAGAAGAAACGGGCGAGAGAUUCUGUCACGAUUGUACCAGCACCUGAAGUGGAAGCGGGGUCCGACUCUCAAGUGAACACAGUGGGAUGGGAUGACACCACUCCAGCGGUUAAGAUAUUUAUGUUGUCUUCCAAUGUAGACAACCGCGAGGAGAUAAUGGAGAUGAUCACACACCUCCGUGGUGCGGUGUGCGAGGGCGCGGAGCCGGACGCGCGCGCCACGCACCUGCUGUGCGCCGCGCCCGGCCGCAGCGAGAAGAUGCUGGGCUCCGUGGCGGCGGGGCGCUGGGUGCUGCACCCCGCCUACGUCGUGCGCAGCCGCCAGCACGGCGGGUUCCUUGAUGAGGAGGAGUUCGAGUGGGGCAACCCCCGCGCGACGUCGCUGCCGGCGGCGGGCGGCGCCGAGCGCGCGCUGGCGCGCGCCGCGCACCGCUGGCGGGUGGCGCGCGCGCGGCGCCUGCCCGGGCCCUUCGCUGGUACUAUCGCCCUACUCCACGUGCCGGCGGCGAGGAAGCGGCUCCUCGCGCGGCUCAUAGAGGCCGGUGAUGGCACUGUUUCUGAGGAAGAGCCGCCAUAUACCAAUGCGAAUAUAACAGUAUGUUUCGCGGAUAUAAAGCGGUAUCCGCUAUCCGAGAGGGAUACAGCUUGGCUCAUAUCUAAUAGGAUACCAGUAUGUCCGCCUGUCCUGCUCAGCUCCUACCUAACAGAUGAAACUACACCGGACCCCAAAGACCACUGCUUGCCGGAUUUUAAAUUGAAA